CACAACAUCCUUCCUCCUCUUUCUCAUUCAGCGUGUUGUUUUCAUCCAUCCAACGGUUCAUCGUCUCUCGCUAUUGAGCUGACUGGCUUCUUGUGAGCCACCAGUACUAUUUCCAGUCUCUCGCUACUCAACAACGCUCGCUUUCUUGCCUCGAUUCCUGUUGUUUUAGGUUCGAACCUUGGGACAACAUCACAACGAACGCCUACCGCGCCACCUGAAUUUUCGUCGAACGAUUACGCCCAAACGAGAUUGUUUAGCUUCUGCAGAGCCAAAAUGCGCGUAACACCGACCGUGCUUCAGGUUGCUGCCUGCCUCUCCUCGCUCGCACCACUAGCCUCGGCAUGGCCAGGGUGGCUUCCAGACAAGGACAGUUUGGUUGCUCGCCAGAACGACAAUGGAGAUUCCACAACGGCCGCCGAGACUGGUGCACGAUCAACAGCCACAGAAGCUGCCGAGACAAGCACCAAGAAGAAGGAUGACAGCAAAGCCACAUCGACAGACAGCGGCGAUGACCUCAACACGGCGAAGCCUACGAGCAAGGGCGGAAAGGAUGCCAAGGAAACGGGCACACCUACGAGCGAGCACACGACGAAGAGCAUCCCCGCUGAUGCGGCCGUGGGUGGCGUGAACAUGAUGACGCCUGAUACGACGGCUGUGCCCACCAUCCUGUACAAGAUUGGCGACUAUGUCACGCUAGGAUGGAACUACACGGGCAUCCAAGAGGAGCCCACCGCCGUCGACGUCCUCAUCUCCUGCUCGGCGGCGACCGAGACGUGGACGUUGACCUCGAACAUGACCUGGGAGUCUGAUGUGGCCUACGUCUGGGACACCAACGACCAAGCCGACAAUGUCGAGAACCCGCUGGGCACGAACAUGUACACGCUCAUCGUCAAGGACGUGGAUGCUGAGAUUACAGAGUUCCCUUCUGCUGGCAAACUCGGCGCCGAUGCGUCAUUCAAGUUUGGCCUGUACCACAAGCAGGACUACGUGCCUUGGAACGAGUGGGAGUGCAAUGGCUGCGACAAGAAGGCGGCCGCACCUGCGAUGGAGCAGUCGCUGAAGCUGGCUCUCACCAUGUGCACCUUGACCGUUGUCACACUGACGUGCCUUGCCAGUGGAUGGGGCUUGUAGUGCUCCGACUGCCGCUGCGUACUUGUUUUGCCAGAGCGAUUUGUGUUGGAAAAGGUGUUUGACAGGACUUAGCAUGGUUAUUCCGACGGCGUUUGUUGCAUUUUUGAGUAAAGCCGGGACUGGUCAGGGGUGCAUGAGGUGGACUUUUGGAUAUAAUGGUCUGGUGGUUCCGAGAUACAAUCAUAUAAUAAGUAGUCUUUGACAACAUAUCGUUGUGCCCACUAC